UACAGUAAUUCGCCCCCGCGAAGAACGAUAAGAUCGCGAUCGAUCCGAUAACUUAGCCUCGUUAAAUCAGUUUAGCGGCGACGAUCCGCGCCGUGGCGAAAGGUUGAGCGCUUUCGCUUUCCGCCUGUUUUCUCCGCGUCGGAGUUCUUGACGUCGCCGCAACUUGGCAGCUGUCUUCUGGAUAUUCGGCGAUUGGCAAUGGACUGUAGGCGCAGGCUGAACCUUUGAGUCUCUUCUCUCGUUGACAAUGUCCCUCUCGCAGAAUGAACAGACCCCAGCUGUGGCUCAAUCCUCGUAAGAUAUCGCAGGGUUCGAUAUGUGCAGUGGCUUCCUGUCUGACUAUUACCCCAGUCUCUCCUUCACUCAGGGUCUCCUGGUCGGCCAGCUGUCGAUCGUGCUGCUCCUAGGCGCCUUCAUCAAGUUCUUCAUCUUCGGCGAAGCUCCUCCCGCUCCAUCCCGAGGUCUGGCAAGCCGCACGGCAGCACAUCGACGCUCGUCUUCAAUACACAAUAUCGCGCUCAGUGAGAAUAAUACAAGGUCAUUACGCGAGAAGCCUUCAACGUCAAACGUCCUGCGCCCGGUCCCCUCGUCGGCUACGAAUACCCGAUCCAUUCUUCGAAAGACAUACUAUAGCGCUAUCCCUACGAAUCCGUCUUCCAGACAUGGACGACAUCGCAUACAUCACUCUUCGCAUCAGCCGGAGUCGCUGGACUGGUUUAAUGUCCUGAUUGCGCAGACAAUCGCGCAGUAUCGACAGACCGCUUAUAUUCUGAAAGACUCGCCCACAGCGUCCAUUCUCGAAUCUCUCACCGCCACUAUAAAUAAUCCUGAAAAGAAACCGUCUUUCAUCGACGAGAUAAAAGUGACCGAUAUAUCAUUAGGGGAGGAGUUUCCCAUCUUCAGCAAUUGCCGUGUCAUUGCUGUUGAAGAUCCAAAUUCGGAUGGCGGCCGGCUGCAAGCGUUGAUGGAUGUGGAUCUCAGCGAUGAUAACCUCUCGCUGGCCAUUGAGACGUCAUUGAUCUUGAAUUACCCCAAGCCAUACUCUGCUGUUCUUCCAGUUGCAUUGUCGGUGUCUGUUGUUCGGUUUUCUGGCACAUUAUGCAUUUCAUUCGUCCCCGCAUCCGCUCCCCCUUCUCAUACUCCCUCUCCGUCACCGUCGCCUCCCACUGCGAAUGCAGAUGCGAAUCGACGGCCAGAUUCGAGACAACAUGCAACCGCACAAGAUGAUCAGAAUGGGAACCCCCCGACGGGCACACCGAAGACCAACCUUGCGUUUUCCUUCCUCCCAGACUACCGUCUCGACCUCUCGGUGCGCUCUCUGAUCGGCUCCCGUAGCCGUCUACAGGAUGUGCCAAAGGCCGCACAACUGGUGGAAGCCAGAAUACACGCCUGGUUCGAGGACCGCGUCGUGGAACCGAGGGUCCAGAUGGUCGGACUGCCGGAUUUCUGGCCCCGGAUGGGCCGAACUGGCGUCAGACCUGGCGAGGACGGAGAGCAUGGAAAUGUCUCUGGAGGAGUGCCACCUAGGUCCCCUGGGUCAAGUGAGGCGCGGAUGGCUCGUGGACCAGAGGACACUGGCCGGGAUCUUCAUGGCAUGAGAUAUCGUGGAGGCAUGGGCUUGGACGCCGGAUUGGAUGGUACGGCGAGAUCUAGUGGGUUCGACGCAGGAAAUGCUGUCCCUAACCUGGCCCGGCAACAAAGCAGUGGCACUUCUAAUGAUCAGUUCGACAUGCCAGGAUCCUUGCCGGGUAGUGUGGCUGUUUCGUGACAUGUGCACAUGCGUGCUGAUUGUACAUUAUACCUCGUCCUAGAAUAUCAGUGUCAUGAUUAUGUUCUAGAGUCUACAGCCUCGUCAUAGAAAUGAGCGAAUCGAUAUCCUUCCAAGGAAUCGAAUCAUUUUGGAAGAAAUAUCACUAACUCAUUCCUCCGGGGAAGCAAGCUUUAGGCUCCAGUAGACUUGCAUCCAUGGAUUCUAG